GGUGACGCUGCGUAGGGGCCGGAAGGAGAGCAGCGGCGGCCUCGGCGGCGGCGACAGAGCUGUCGGCGGCCGCUUGUGGUGACUGAACGUCGCGGUGCGGAGGCCACCUAGUCCGUCUCACGAGCCGGCUGGUUGAGGGGCGACCACAACUUGGAACAGGUGUUUGGCAUGUUUAGAUACUAGAAAACACUUAUGUUUACGUCUGCAUUUGAAAAUGGCAGAAGGAAACAACAAUGAAGAAGUAAUUCACUUGAACAACUUUCACUGCCACCGGAGACAAGAUUGGAUCAAUCUCAGAGAUGGGCCCAUCACCAUAUCUGACUCCUCUGAUGAGGAAGGGAUUCCAAUGCUGGUCACCCCAGCUCCUCAGCAACAUGAGGAAGAAGACCUGGAUGAUGAUGUCAUCCUGACAGAGACAAAUAAACCUCAGACAUCACGACCCAAUCUCAUCAAACCAGCUGCCCAGUGGCAAGAUCUGAAAAGAUUGGGAGAAGAAAGACCUAAAAAGUCUAGAGCAGCCUUUGAAUCAGAUAAGCGCAGCUACUUUUCAAUGUGUAACUACUCAUUGUUUGAUUCUGGGACACAGGAUGAUUCUGAGGAUGACUACGGUGAAUUUCUGGAUCUUGGGCCUCCUGGUGUCUCUGAAUUCACUAAGCAAACUCACCAAACAAAAAGAGAGCCCAAACCUGGACCAAGUCAUAACCAAGGAGCAAAUGACAUCAACCCUAAAUCUGAACCAAAAAUUAUUAUCUUGGGAAAAAGCGGCCUUCUUUUCCCAGAAAAUGAUCCUUUGGAAGCUCAGAACCAGUCAUCUGAAGACUCAGAGACAGAGCUUUUAUCAAAUCUUGGAGAAUCAUCUGCUUUAGUAGAUGAUCAGGCCAUUGAAGAAGACUGUUGGAUAGACCAUCCUUACUUCCAGUCUCUAAACCAACAGCCCCGUGAGAGAACAAAUCAGGUUGUUCCCCAGGAGCGGCAGCCUGAAGCAGAACUGGGCCCCUUGUUAUUUCAACAUGAACUCCCAGGGCCAGCUUUUCCAAGACCAGAAGGCCAGCAGGAUGGGAUUCCAGGCUCUGCUUCUCCUCAGCCUGCCCAUCCUCUAGGAGAGCUUGAAGACCAACAGUUAGCGACUGAUGAUGAAGAGCCAGGGCCAGCCUUUCCCCUGCCAGGAUCUCAGGAGGCCAAAUUGGAAAACCUCUGGGGGCAAGAUACUGCUGAGGUAGAUCAAGACCUUGUUGCACUGUUAGUGAAAGAAACAGAAGCAAGAUUUCCAGAUGUAGCAAAUGGGUAUAUUGAAGAAAUAAUUCACUUGAAGAAUUAUUAUGAUUUGAAUGUACUUUGUAAUUUUCUUCUGGAAAAUCCAGAUUAUCCAAAGAGAGAAGAUAGAAUCAUUAUCAACCCCAGCAGCAGUCUGCUCGCCAGCCAGGAUGAUACAAAGUUGCCUAAAAUAGACUUUUUUGACUAUUCCAAAUUGACUCCUCUUGACCAGCGCUGCUUCAUCCAAGCUGCAGACCUCCUGAUGGCCGAUUUCAAAAUGCUCAGCAGUCAGGACAUUAAGUGGGCCCUGCAUGAGCUCAAAGGACACUAUGCAAUCACUCGAAAGGCCUUUUCUGAUGCCAUUAAAAAGUGGCAGGAGCUUUCACCAGAAACCAGUGGGAAAAGGAAAAAAAGAAAAGAAAUGAAUCAAUAUUCUUACAUAGAUUUCAAAUUUGAACAAGGUGACAUAAAAAUAGAAAAGAGGAUGUUCUUUCUGGAAAAUAAGCGGCGACAUUGUAGGUCCUAUGAUCGGCGUGCCCUCCUUCCAGCUGUCCAACAAGAGCAAGAGUUCUAUGAGCAGAAAAUCAAAGAGAUGGCAGAGCAUGAAGACUUUUUGCUUGCUCUGCAGAUGAAUGAAGAACAAUAUCAGAAGGAUGGCCAGCUAAUUGAGUGCCGCUGCUGCUAUGGGGAGUUUCCAUUCGAGGAGCUGACACAAUGUGCUGAUGCUCACUUGUUCUGCAAAGAAUGUCUCAUCAGAUAUGCCCAAGAGGCUGUCUUUGGAUCUGGAAAGUCAGAGCUCAGCUGCAUGGAAGGCAGCUGCACAUGUUCAUUCCCAACCAGUGAACUAGAGAAAGUGCUUCCCCAGACCAUCCUGUAUAAAUAUUAUGAGCGAAAAGCUGAAGAGGAAGUUGCUGCAGCCUAUGCUGAUGAGCUUGUCAGGUGCCCCUCCUGUAGCUUUCCUGCAUUGUUGGACAGUGAUGUGAAGAGGUUCAGCUGUCCUAAUCCUCGCUGCAGAAAGGAGACCUGUAGGAAGUGUCAGGGACUCUGGAAAGAACAUAAUGGCCUUACCUGUGAAGAGCUGGCUGAAAAGGAUGACAUCAAGUACCGAACAUCUAUUGAAGAAAAAAUGACUGCCGCCCGCAUUAGAAAAUGCCACAAAUGUGGAACUGGCCUCAUCAAAUCAGAAGGCUGCAACCGCAUGUCUUGCCGCUGUGGUGCCCAAAUGUGCUACCUCUGUCGAGUGUCUAUCAAUGGAUAUGACCAUUUCUGCCAGCAUCCUCGUUCGCCAGGAGCCCCUUGCCAAGAGUGUUCAAGAUGUUCCCUCUGGACCGACCCCACUGAAGAUGAUGAGAAGCUAAUCGAGGAAAUACAGAAGGAGGCUGAGGAGGAGCAGAAAAGAAAGAAUGGAGAGAACACCUUCAAACGCAUUGGGCCUCCGCUGGAGAAGCCCCCUGAGAAGGUACAGAGGAUGGAAGCCCUCCCGCGGCCUGUCCCACAGAACCUGCACCCACCACAGAUGCCACCCUAUGCCUUUGUGCACCCGCCCUUCCCCCUGCCACCUGUCCGGCCUGUGUUUAACAACUUCCCUCUCAACAUGGGCCCUGUCCCGGCACCCUAUGUGCCCCCUUUGCCUAAUGUGCGGGUCAACUAUGACUUCGGUCCUGUGCAUGUGCCCCUGGAGCACAAUCUGCCCAUGCACUUUGGCCCCCAGCCACGGCAUCGCUUCUGACAGCUGGAGCCCUGGCCAGCCCCACUGAACCUGUGCCAGUUGUGGGUAUAGGGCAGAGAACCCCCUGCCCCAGGCCAGGCUCCACCUUCAACCCUCUAAGUAGGGGUGGUGAGUCAGCUUUUGAGGGUGGGCUGGUUUACCUCGUACUCCUCCCUUGGGAAGAGUCACUGCUUCUCAAAGUCUGGUGUCCUCUGGGUGCCUGUAAGGGAACUGGCCUGGCUCUUGCUGGUCAGUCUCCUCGCUAGUUCUGCCAUUUUGGCAACCAACACAGGGGCUCUGGCUCUACUCUUAUCACUCAAGCCCCUGCCGGAGGAGACAGGUGGAGCUCAUUUGUCCUGUUCCUAAGAGAAUCCCACACAGUUAAGAACUUUGCAGACCCUCUUGGCCACAGUGUAGUCAGGUCCAUAAUAAAAAUUAAGCAGCAAAUAGUGGCAUUGGAAGAGAACUGAGACAUCUGCAUGGCCACCCUCACUAAGGCCCUUCAAGAGUGGCCGUUGUGCCCAUGCCAUGGCACAUCCACAGUUCAGGGAUAUGGGUCCCCUGCUGUCCUAUGCACUUGUGCUUCACCUGGGAGCCAAGUCCUGGGGCACAAGGCAGCUGUGAUCAUCUCCCUUGAGACUCCCAAGAGUCCUGUGUCUGGGACCGCCUGCCCCUCACAGAGGUUCAUAGUUGGUCCCAGUGAAAAGAUAGUGGGGGCUGUGGGUCACAGCCCCUUGGACAUUGCUGCAGUGCCAUGAGGGGCAAAACGCUGUCCCUCCCAGUCCAGAACCCAGUGUUCCCACAGUGCCCCUUCAGGCCCUUUCCCCCUCCCUCCCUCCCUUCCAAGGCCCUCUCAGGUCAGGCAACCACAGAGAACUGUCCCUCACUGUGGGUUUGGUUUUGUUUAUCUGAGCAUUUCCUCCUGUUCACAUAUUUUGAACUGAAGAAUUUUCCAUGGCUUGGUAUCUUUUUCUCAUUCUCUGGAAAGUCAGGCUGAAAUUGGCCACUCUGCGCCAGGUGGCUACCAAGGUUGAACAGUCCUGACACUAACCAAACAAAAUCCUUUUCCAUUAGCCAUCACAGAGGCCACCCAGACAGCCCAGUUCUGGGAGACAUCACAAACACCCAGCAGGUGAUGAACAGCUUUCCUUCUAAGGUGUUUUUGAGGGCUUCCCUGGGGUGUAGAUGACUCUGUGGAGCCGUGUAUAUUGUCACAGCCGACCUCCCUCCCUCCUCUGUGUUCUCUCAGUAGUCAGUGAUGGAGGCUGGUAGAGGGUGAGGUGCUGGCACCAGGCACAGGGACAGCUGCCCUUCUCUGGGGUUGAGUCAGCUCUGGGCCUCUGUGUGGGGUCUUGCGAAGGCUCCGGCCCACUUGCCAAGCAGAGGCCCAAAGCUUCUGACUGCAAAGCUGGGAUUGAGCCCUCCUGACAGCAGACAUCUCUUUCUCAUCCUGUGUUGGCCAUCCUUGUCCUUGUUAUGUGGCUGUGGGGUUCCAGGGGGUACAAAGCACACAGAGUUCAGGGGUGGAAAGCCCUGAGAGCAAGCAGUGCCACCACUCUCUUGCUGCCAUCAGCUUCUCAGGUGUCUUUGAAGGAUUCAGGUCUACUUGAUACAUUCUUUCUGCCUUUGCUCAGGAUGAAAGUUUUGAAGACAGGUGGUCACCUGGACAUGGGGUGGGGCGCAUGGGGAGGUGGCUCGGGAGCCUCCCAGUGAGCUGCCUGAACUUACUUCUAUCCUGAAUGACAGUGCCUUGGAAAGGUGGGCUGCUCACCACAGUGACAGGAUCCUCUAAGUACCUUAGACACAAACUCAUGUUCUCUGCACCUCCCCUGAAGUAGAGAAGGCAGCACACAGCCCACAGAUGGGAGGAAGCCCUGGCACUGCCCCUCUGGGGCCUCUCAAGCUGUCCCUGUGGGCUGUGAGCCUGUUUAAAUUCUGUUUAAACUACUGUGUGUAAAAAACCUGUUUCCAGCUGUGUGCCCCCACCACAUAGCUCCAUCAAGGGGCUAAGGCUGAGACAGGAUGAGGAAACUGGCCAUUUCUGUGGCAGCUGCAAGGACAGUCAGUGCAGUGCAGGUGGUGCCCAAACUAGAGAGAGAGUGGGGGAUCAGAGUGACGUUCUGCCUACGGCCAAAGCCAAGAAUGUCCCCUUGCAGAUGAGUACUAGCUUCUGUGGCCACACUUUGCUUCAGGAGAGGGAACUGCUGCAUCCCCGUCAAGGGCAUCUGGUUCCACAUCAUGCUCCCCGAGCCGGGCUGCAGACUAGCACCAGAACCAAACGUCCAAGAGUGACCACCUCAGCUCUCCAGGUACCUCAGUGUCCAGGCAGACGAGGAAGGUGAGGAGUUGCACCCAUGCCAGGGCCAGAGCCCAAGAAUCAGCCCCUGUCUCAUCAAACGGGCAUUUUCAAUGCAGCUGACACCUUACCCUCUGGGACACAGGGUUGCUUCCUGGGGGCAAGAGACUGCCUGGCCACUGUCCCAAUCUAUUUGCCUUAAAACUGGAGAGAGGAAUCUAGUAUUUGCACUUAGCAAAAGAUUUAAAACUGAAGGAAAAAAUGUGCAUGAUCUGUUACUUUGUACAAAAAUAGCAAAAAAAAAAAAAAUUUAAAUAGUUAAAUGUUUUUAUUUACCUUCUGGUAGUAAAGAUAGAUAAGAUAAUUCUGUUUAAACUACUGUGUGUAAAAAACCUGUAUCAUAUGUAACUUGAAUUUUUUGUAAAUAAAUGUUUGUGCACUCUA